UCCAUUCCACAAGAACCACACAAAAUGUUCUCCCAAACUUUCCGCCGUGCCGCAGCUCAGUCUGUCCGGUCUCCCCUCGCGGGAAAGUGAGACUCCCCCGAAGACACACCUACCUCCUCUAUCCCCAGACCGAAUGCUUCCGAUGUAGACAAUGGACCAGUAUAAGGCUUGACCAUUCCUUGUGUGUUGUCGGUGUGGCCAUUGGAUACACAACACGCCACAAGAUCCGGAGCCGGGCGGACGCCCUUAAGACCUUGAUGGAAUACAUUGGAUGCAUAGAUGCUAACUCGACAUUUUUCAUCUAGGUACUCCGUCGCUCCUCACGUCGCCGGUUAUACCGUCGGUUCUGCCACUACGAUCGGAACCAUCGCUGCUACCUUCGGUGUCAGCGCUGGUGUCUUCGCCCUCUUCUUCUUCGGCGAGGUCCCUCGUGUCCGCAAGGAUAUCCUCCAGAAGCUCCCCUUCUUCGACACCUACCUUGACCGAACCAUUGCUCCUGAGGACAACCCUUUCUAAACGCUUUAUCUCUUUGUCGCGUACGUCAGUCGGUCAACUAUCUUAUCGCGUUCCCAUGCUCUCCCUGUGCGGAUGCCGCUGCCAGACAAUGGAUAGAUAGAUGGUGUAUGA